AGUUCUUCCAAUACAGCGCAAUUAACAAUGCACAGUUUGUUUGCAGAAGGAGCGAGGCUGAGUUGUCAGAGGCCAAAACCUCGCUGAAGGGGAAAAUGCAGAAAGAAAGAACCUGUGGCAGGGAAUCUCCAGGCGGAACAGUGGUCUCGCUCCAAAAUUCCCUGCAUCUGCAGUGCCACUAAAACUGACUUUACUUGGGUCCCAAUUGUGUGUUGUUUUCCAGGAUAGCUAGUGGUACGUGCAGGCUGGGAAAGGGCCUACUGCCAGCUGGUGAACUUCAGCUGCUGCCUUUGUUGUUUAUUAGAUAAGCAUGGACUUCUUCUGCUGUUGCCACUGUUUCUCAGCUACUUCAGGAGAGAGGGAAGCUCUGACUGCACAGUGUCCAAAACAACCCCGGCGAGACAUUGGCGGUGCAGAUGUCUUCAGUAAGGAGGGGAACCUCACCAUGAAACUGGUGAAUGUGCUCGAGAUUGACACGCUGUUUUCAGAUAUCGCUGAAACUUUCAACAAGCAACAUGGGGAUCACUGGGCCAUGAAAGAAGCCAUCCAAAGGCUGAAAGAAGACUCUGGCUGUGCUCCCACAAGUAGUCUCACAACCUGUAUCGAGCAUAUAAAGCAGAAGUAUGGAACCUGCAAGGCACAGGUGCAGAUGGAGGGCUAUACAUUUUCACUUGUUGCAGAAGAAAAAGAAGUACCUGAAAAACUGGAGCAGGCCCAGCGGCAGGUUGGGGAGCUAAAUCACGCCACAAAGCGCGUCAUUGCUACAGAAAUGAAACUCCAGGAAAUGGUCCUCUCUGUGCUUCAGAGUCAGAAGCAACUGGAGGAGACAGUGAAAGCUGCAAACCCAGAGUACCUGGACCAAGUGCGGCUAAACGUUAAUCUGAGAGAGAAUUUCCAGAAAGUAAGCGUGGCCAAAGAGCUCGCAAAGCAGUAUGGAGAAGAUGCCAGCAAAGUGAUGAAGGAAAUGGCCCAGUUAGCUGGCCUGACCCUGUAAUGGGGCACAAGAAAUAAGGAGAGAACUGGAGUUGAUGCCCUGCCUUUUUUCCCCCUGAGUAUUGUAUACAUAAUGAUGAGUUAGAGGACACACCGGUAGUGCAGACAUUGUGCGGACAACAAAUAUCCACUCAGCAAAGAGCUUAUGGGUAGCCCUGGGUAUUACAACCAAUGUGGAUUCCUAUGGCACCUUAAAGACUAACCAAUUCAUUUUGGCAUAAGCUUUUGUGAGCUGCAGCCCACUUCGUCAGAUGUAACAGGUGUUCCGUUUCAGAGAGACAUAGAAUCCAAGGGUUGGAAGAAACCACAGGAGGUCAUCGAGUCCAACCCCCUGCUAAAAGCAGGACCAGUCCCAACUAAAUCAUCCCAGCCAGGCAUUAUCAAGAAGGGACUUAAAACCCUCUAGGGAUAGAGAUUCCAUCCCACCCCUAGGUAAUUCAUUCCAGUGCUUCACCACCACCACUAGGGAAAUAGUUUUUCCUAAUAUCCAACCUAGACCUCCCCCAAUUUGUUCUAUUCAGUCAAGGAACCCUAGCCAGGACACAAGGAUUUGUCUUCAGAGAGCUAUUGACUUCCAUUUGGAAAAUCACAGAUGGACGGAAAGUACCUCCUCUCUUUAAUAUAGCACUGCCACCACCUGAGUUCUAAUGCAGGGUUUCAACCCCUACUCCAUCUUUCUGUCUGGAGGCCACUCCUAGGCUGUCUACACUACAUGCCUCUGUCGGCAGAGGCAUGUAGAUUAGGGUUGUAGGCAAAGGUAAAUGAAGCCG